GCGCGGAGCGGCGGCGGAGGUUUGCCAUGGCCGACCCCAGCCACAUCCAGUCAGCCGCCUCCAAGAGCAUCCGCCCCUUCCGCUCCAGCGAGGAGUACCUGGAGGCCAUGAAGGAGGACCUGGCCGAGUGGUUCAACACCCUCUACGACCUGGACAUCCAGGUGGACACUUUCCUGGAGAGCCUGGAGACGGGAUGUCACCUCUGCCGCCACGCCAACAACGUCAACCGCACUGCCCUGGACUUCCAGGAGCGGCACCCGGAGGCGGCCGCCCGCAUGCGAGUGCCCCAGAACGAGGUGGUGUUCCAGGCCAAGAACGUGGUGCCCGGCUCCUUCAUCGCCCGGGACAACGUCUCCAACUUCAUCCAGUGGUGCCGGCAGGACCUGGGCAUCCAGGACGUGCUCAUGUUCGAGACCAACGACUUGGUGCUGAAGAAGAAUGAGAAGAACUUUGUCCUCUGCCUGCUGGAGGUGGCCAGGAGGGGCUCCAAGUUUGGGAUGCUGGCCCCCAUGCUGAUCCAAAUGGAGGAGGAGAUUGAGGAGGAGAUGAGGGACCAAAUGGCCGACGGCACGCUGGGCACGGGCCGGGAGAGCCGGGACCCCCAGGCGGGCGCCUUCCCCAGCCGGGCCCGGCCCAUCACGCUCUGCGACCUCAAGAACCUGGACGAGCUGGUGCGGGAGAUCCUGGGCUGCUGCUCCUGCCCCUCGCAAUUCCCCAUGGUCAAGGUCUCGGAGGGGAAGUACAAAGUGGGAGACUCCAACACGCUCAUCUUCGUCCGAGUGCUGAGGAGCCACGUCAUGGUGCGUGUGGGCGGCGGCUGGGACACACUGGAACAUUACCUGGACAAGCACGACCCGUGUCGCUGUGCUGCCCUCUCUCACCGCCUGCCCCAGCCCCGCACCCCGGGCAUGUCCCCCCAAAAAGCCGCUCCCGGCACCUCCUCGUCCCGCGCCUCCAGCCCCAGCACCCCCCGGCGCCCCCGGCCCGCCGGGCCCCUCCCGGGGGGAACGGAACGGGAGCGGGGCCCGCAGCCCCGGGGGGACCCCCCGAGACCCCUCAGGCAGGAGGGAUUGCCCCCCCGGGGGGGUGCAGCCCCCCGCUCCGGCUCCGGCAGCCCCUCCCGGAGCCCCGCGGAGCCGCGGGGAGCGCUCAGGCCGCGCGCCCCCGCGCGCUCCCGGCGCUGUUCGGGUGACAGCGACUCCUCCUCGGUCACCUCCGCUCAGAGCGGCCCCCGCCGCCCCCCGGGACCCCGCCGGGACCCCGCGGACCCUCCCGGGCCGGGGUCCCCCCGCGCCUCCCGCAGCCCCGGGCGCGGCCCCGCGCCGCUGCUGCUCAUCCGCCGCCGGCCCGACGGGCAGCACUCGUGGGCACGGGCAGAGCCCCCCACGGCCGGGACCGGCCCCGCGGGGACCCCCGGGCCACGGCGCGACUCCCGGCCCGGCCCCGGGGACCCCGAGGAGCUGGCGCGGAGGCUGCGGGCCCCGCGCUGGCUGGAGCCCGGGCAGGAGCAGCGGCUGUUCCAGCGGCUGGAGGAGGAAUUCCUGGCCAACACGCGGCUGCUGGAGCAGCUGGGGGACACGGAGAGCCCCCCCCCCGCGCCCCCCGCCACCGCUGACUCGGCCUAUUGCUCCUCCUCAUCCUCGUCCUCCUCCCUGAACGUGUUCGCCAAGCACGGGCUGCCCGCCGAGGACGGGCGGCGGGGCGGGAAUAGCGAUGGCAACAACAACGGCAACAACAACGGGAACAAUAACGGGAACAACGGCGGGUGCCCCCCCCUGCCCUCCAACCCCACCCUGGCAGAUGCCCGGCGCCGCUCCACCUUCUCCAGCUCCUCCGACGAGAGCUGCUGCUUCCCGGCCUCCUGGGACAACCGGGAGACACCGGGGAACCCCGGCUCCGACACCGACUGGGCGAUCGGGGAGGACGAGCUGAUGGAGAUGGAGGAGAGCCCCGGGCCGCGACUUCCCGCGCCCCCAGCGCGGCCCUGGGCCAAGCCCCGGCUGGACACUCAGCCCCACAAGGCGCCCUCCCGGAUCCCCACGCCCCGGGGCUACGGGGCAGGCGCCCAGCGGGCCCCGAACGGCAGCCCCAAGGCCUGGGAGGCUCUGCAGAGCAUCCCCUCCUCCCUCCUGGAGCCUCCCUGGGCCCCCCGGGAGCGCGAGGGGCUGGAGGAGAACGCGUGGCCCUGAGAGGUCGAUGGCCAUGGCAGCCCCUGGGGACAUCCCCGAGCUGCUGCGGGAGGGUGGAGGUGGCAACUGGGUGGAGACACCCGGCCAGGCGAUGGCCACAGAGCUGGGGUGGCCAGGACCUCUGCACUUGGUGACAGCUGGCAAUUGGGUGUCCCCAUGCCACGGGGAGCAGCUUCAUGUGGUGGAGGUCAGGGCAGUGGUAGAGCAGAGCUGGCACCUGGGAAUGGGGCUGGAGAGCACCCAGUGCUUUUCUUGCUCUCUUCGUGUCUCCUCAUUCUUCUCCAUUUGUUUUC